AUAAUACAAUACUUUUAAUUCGAGCUCCCAAAACCCUAACACUUGCUCUUUCAGAUCAGAGAAGUAAUGGCGGCGAGCGAGCGCACGGUGUUGCAAUUUGCAUCAUCGUCGAGUUCAACGGCAAACAUAACGGCGAAAGUUCAUCCUCUGGUUAUUUUCAAUAUCUGCGAUUGCUAUGUGAGGCGUCCAGACCAAGCGGAGCGCGUUAUUGGCACACUCCUCGGUUCCGUCUUGCCAGACGGCACCGUUGAUAUUCGUAACUCUUAUGUCGUACCUCAAACGAAUUCUUUAUCGCAGGUUGCUUUGGAUAUCGUCAAUCAUACCAUGUUAAAGUCUCACCUAAAGGUGAAUCCGCAGGAAGUUAUUGUAGGAUGGUUUUCAACUGGGUUGGGAGUCACUGGUGGCAGUGCAUUGAUCCAUGAAUUUUAUUCUAGAGAAGUUUCCAAUCCUGUUCACCUGACUGUGGAUACAGGAUUCCAGAACGGAGAGGGUACCAUAAAAGCUUAUGUUUCAGUUAAUUUGUCUCUUGCAGACCGGCCACUUGCUGCACAAUUUCAAGAAAUUCCUCUUGAUCUUCGAAUGAUUGAAGCUGAGCGAGUUGGAUUUGAUAUACUGAAGACAACAUCGGUUGACAAACUUCCUAGUGAUUUGGAAGGAAUGGAAGUCUUAAUGGAACGACUAGUAACUCUAAUUAAUGAUGUUUACAAAUAUGUUGAUGAUGUUGUGGAAGGACGUGUUGCACCUGAUAACAACAUAGGGAGAUUUAUAUCAGAAGCUGUAGACUCCCUUCCCAAACUGUCACCACCAGCUUUUGACAAGCUUAUUAAUGACAACCUGCAGGACCAGUUGCUCAUGCUGUAUUUGUCAAGCAUCACAAGGACACAGCUCAGUUUGGCAGAAAAGUUGAAUACAGCUGCUCAAAUGCUAUAAUAUCCAUCUUGUGGAUGAAUCCUUGUGGGGACGCGAUUUUUCUUAUGAAAGGUUUUUAACUGUUGGU